AUGGAUAAAAUAAAUACAAAUUAUCAACAAACAAUAAUUUCUUCUGCUGUACGUCGUGGUACAUCGAUACUUGCACUUAAUUGUGCUCAUAAUCGAUUAAUAGCUGCUGGACAACAGAAUUUUCAAUUAUUUUCUAUUGAACAAAUUGAUCAGACUGAACAGUUUAAAGAACUUUAUGAUUUUCGUAAUACAUCAAGACCAUCAGCUAUACCACGAUAUGCAUUACAACCUAAAGAUGUUAGUUGGAGUCCUCAUGAUGAAAAUUGUUUUGCCACUGCAAGUAGUACAUGCGGACAUUUAUACACCUGGGAUAUUAAUCGAUUAGAUAUUGUUAAUCAAAUGAAUCUUCAUAGUACAAUUAUUAAUCGAACACAAUUUCAUCCAAAACAUCCAUAUAUGCUAUUGACUGCGUCUCAAGAUGGAUCUGCAAAGUUAACUGAUUGUCGAAUAAAUGAUAAUGGUAGAGUUGUAACAACAUUUCGACAUACAAGUAAAGAAGGAUUUCGUGAUAUUGAUAUCAAUAUCUCGAAUACAGAUAAAUUUGCUGCUGCAAUAAGUGAUCAAUAUUCUGUACCUAUUUGGGAUAUUCGACAGCCAGCACAACCUGAAUUUUCUGUACUUACACGAGAUAAAGUAUUAUGUGUUGCAUGGAAUCCUCAUGAACGUUCUUGGCUUGCUACCGGUGGUACUGGCGGUCAUGAUCGAACCAUACGUGUUUGGGAUGCGAAAGGUAAUGAUAAUCGACAAGAUCCAUUAUUUACAGUAUAUACAUUUGGUCAAGUAACAAAAUUUAGUUGGCGUCCAGCAUGUCGUUAUCAUAUUGCAUCUUUUACACGUACUAGUGAUCAACAUAUUCAUGUUUGGGAUAUUCGACGAGCUUAUUUACCCCAUGCAACCUUUUGUCAUCAUCGAAAUGAUAUUGGAGAUUUUAUUUGGCGAUCAAAUUCAGAUAAUAUUAUUUCAGUAGAUCGUGAUGAUUGUCUUAUUCAUGCCCAUUUAUCUAGUGCAAUAAAAAGUGAUCAAGUUACAUCAUUAUUUUCUUUAGAUGUUACUUCAAAAGGCUCUGUACAUAUAUCUAUACCAAAUAUUGAUAAUGAAUAUGUACGUUCAUUAUAUAAUGAACGACAUAUUCCAUCAUCAACAACUAGUCUACAGAAAUUCUAUUCACAAGAAACUAUAUCAACAUUUUUAAAAUGGAAUAAAGUUAUUGAAGGCAAAAGUAUACUUGGAAUUUAUUCAAAUACUCUUCAUGAUAAUUCUGUGCAAUUAUUUCAUCAAUUUGCUCGACGAUGGAUAUUUGGAAAUGGAGAUAAAUCAAUAAAAGCAUUAGUAAAUAUUUGUAAUAUUAAUGGUGAUGUUGCUGAUAAAUUAAAUCGACCAGAUUUAAAAGCAACAUGGGAAGUUAUUAAAUUGUUAUAUGAUGAUUCUGUUAAAACGAAAGAUCAUCGUCAUACAUCAUCUAAACGUUCUCGAUCAGGAACUAAAAGUUUUCAUAUGAGUGAUUCUCGAGGUAGUCAUUAUCAACAAACUGGAAGAAGACCAACUAACAUAGAUAAGCAAAAAAAUCGAUUAAAUGAAGAAUUAAAUAAUAAUGACAGAAAAGAAAAAUUACAAGAUCAUAGAAAACCAUCCAAUUCAAAAUUGAUGAUGAUUGAUGAUACAGAUACGUACAUUGUUCGAGAUGUUCUCACAGAUGAUAUCAUUUUUAUUUCACCUGAAGAUCUUGCGAAUAAUGACAAUGUUGAUGAUAUGCCUUAUGGUUAUAAUUUUGAUCAUGAAUUAAAACGAGAUUCAUUUUCAAUACCAUUAAUAUCAGAUGAAAUGUUACAAGCAAUAAAUAAUGAUGAUGAUUAUAAUAUUUUUUCAACAGAUCGAAUAACUCGUCAAUUUCCUGAAGUAAUGAUGAUUGAAGAUGGUGUUGAAUUAGAAAGUGACGACGAAUGUGAAGAUAUUGAUAAUAACAUGCAAGUAUCUACAUAUUCGAUUAAUCCAGAUGGUUCAGAUGAAUUUUUAACAAUUGAUGAUUCUUAUAGUCUUACAAUACAAAAUCAACCAUUAAAUUUUGAUCAAAUUAUUCGACAAACACUUUGGUAUUAUAUUGAAAAUAAUGAACUUCAAGUAGCCGUUCAUCUACUUCUUGCAUUAUAUCCACAAUUUACUGAACAUAAACGAAAGGAAUUAUUUAAUGGUGCACAUUUACAAUGGCUUGUUAUGUAUAUUGAAUUAUUACAAAAAAUGCGUCUAUUUGUUAAAGCAAAACAAGUAACAAAACAUUGUAUAGAAAAUGAAGGUAUUCCACUUAAUUAUAAUACAAAUGAAUUUGAUGGUUCAAUUAUACUUAAUGCUCAAACAUCAACACUCAAACGUGUACCAUCAGUUAAUCCUCUUCCUACUACAUCUUCUUCUUCUAACUCUAAAAGUUUAUCAUCGAAUUCUAAAGAUUUUAUAUGUUCUAUUUGUCGUAUUCCAUGUCGUGUUUUAUUUACAUUUUGUGGUAUUUGUUUUCAUGGUGGUCAUAUCGAUCAUAUUACAGCAUGGUUUAAAACACAUGAUGAAUGUUCACAUGGUUGUGGUCAUUUAUGUAAAGAUUAUCAUAAUCAAAAAUAUCGUACACGAAUAACACAACGUUUAAUUUCGAAACCAUCAUCUAAUAUUAACAAAUAA